AUGGUGGCAGUAAGGGAUAAAGGUUACGACCUCAUCAAGACUUCUAUACCUCUAUCAGACCAGGUGCAUGAUAAUGUUUGUUUGGAUGCUGAUCGCUGCAUUGACAAGGUUGAUGCUAAGUUGAAGGCUGCAGUUGAGAAGGAGGUUGGCAGGAUAAGAGGUUUGGUUGGAUUAGCUUUUUCUACAGCACAGAAGGUUAGGGACAGCAACUUCUUUAGCUGGUUCAGUGGGACCCAAUGUGAAGAUGACAUCGAUGAAAUUCAAGAUGGAGAUGCUGAUGAAGAGGACUUUGGUGAUGAGGAUGAUGAAGAGGAUAGUGUUGCUAUCCUUAAUGGGUAUGUUAUGGAAGAUAACAGAUUCAGUCAUGGCAAACCUGCUUUAGCAUUUACCCUACACAAAUGCCUUCUCCAUUGGAAGUGUAUAGUCAAGAUCAAUGGAGCUUCUUGUGUUAACAGAAAGAAUACAGUUGUAGCACUAGCAUCUUAUGAAAAUGGAGGAAAAAAUAGUACCAUAAAUGCCCCUGAGAAGCUGGAACCUUUGUGGGAUGAUGGUUAUGGGACACAAACCAUGAAAGAUUACACUAAAAUAGCCAUGGAUUUGAGUCGUUUAACUAGUAGUGAUGGUGGGCCACCUAGGUGGUUUUGCCUUGUUGCCUUAAACAGGCCUCUAAAAGAUUAUCCUAUUCUUAUGUAUUUACAUGGGUUGGAAGGAAGUGGAACUGACCUUGUUGUACAUGAGAAAGCUCUUGGCUCCGGAAUCAGCAGCAACACAAAUUGUCAAAGGGUUUUAAUGAUACGCAUCGCGUGUCAUAAAUGCGCGUCAUCUAUAGACGACGCGCAAAAGCGCGUCAUCUCUCGUUAUGACAGGGCUUUCCUUGACGCGCAUUGCGCGUCGUCUGAGCAUUUUACGACGCGCAAUGAGCGUCGUAAAAGGCCUUUUUUCUAG